AGUUCUCAUCCCCCGGCAGUGCUGGUUUUACAGUGGUUGUGUGGGCAGAGAGCACAGGGUUUUUCCAGAGAAAUUGCUCAGGUUCAUAGGGAGAACCAAUUUAUCCAGUGCUUGCCAUGCAUCCCUGGAGCUCCUGCCUGCUCCAGGCCAGGCCCUGCUUCCCAGCCAUCGAGCUCUUUGUGAAGGCUGGCAGUGAUGGGGAAAGCAUUGGGAACUGCCCGUUCUCUCAGCGCCUCUUUAUGAUCCUGUGGCUCAAAGGGGUCAUAUUUAAUGUCACAACCGUGGAUCUGAAAAGAAAACCUGCAGACCUGCAGAACCUGGCCCCGGGCACCAACCCCCCGUUCAUGACCUUUGAUGGGGAAGUGAAAACCGAUGUCAACAAGAUCGAGGAAUUCCUGGAGGAAAAGCUGGCACCGCCCCGGUAUCCCAAACUUGCACCGAAGCACCCCGAGUCGAACUCUGCGGGAAAUGACGUCUUUGCAAAAUUCUCUGCAUUUAUAAAGAACCCGAGAAAAGAUGCAAAUGAAAAUUUGGAAAAAUCUUUGCUUAAAGCCCUGAAGAAGCUGGACAACUAUUUAAAUAGCCCCCUGCCUGAUGAAAUCGAUGCUUACAGCACGGAGGAGAUCGCUGCUUCCAGCCGGAAAUUCCUGGAUGGCGAUGAGCUCACUUUAGCAGAUUGCAACCUCCUACCAAAGCUCCACAUAAUCAAGGUCGUUGCAAAAAAAUACCGAAAUUUUCAUUUCCCACCUGAAAUGACAGGGAUUUCGAGAUACUUGAAAAAUGCAUACGCAAGAGAUGAAUUUACAAACACGUGCCCUGCUGACCAAGAGAUUGAAUAUGCAUAUUUGGAUGUGGCAAAGAGAAUGAAGUAACCAGAAGAUGCCUCUGUUUAUUGCUGCUGUGAUGGGCAACAGCCAAGCUGGAAAAGCAAAAACCAGCAGAGAUCCUGCGGUGUGAUUUUAAGUUCUGCUACUGGCCAAUCCUUUUCUAAUGAUUGUAUUGCAUUAUUUACUCCUUCAUAAACUACAUGUGUGUG